AUGUUGCAGGCACAAGAGGACCAAGUGCACUUGUUAGGACACGAUGAAGAAAUUCAGCCUAUUUUUGAGGAUCUUAAACUUGUGCUGAUUGGAAGUCAAGGUGCUGGAAAAAACACCAUUGCUAAUGCCAUCCUUAAAGAAAAAGUCUUCACAUUCUGGACGUCUUUAAGAAGUGUCCACAUCAAGGAGACUCGUACAGUAUCAGGAACACAGAUUCAUUUGGCUCGCACCCCAGGCUGGAAUGGAGACUUGAGUAGAUCAGAAAAAACCAAACGUGAAAUUGUGCACUGUGUACAGACUUUAUAUAAAACUGGACCUCACGCAGUCAUCUUAGUGCUUAACGUGAACUCAGUGCUGUCAGAGUCGAACAUCAGCACCCUAGAGAGUCUGCUUACUGUUCAGCUGUGGAAACAUACCAUAGUGCUAUUCACCAACGGAGAAAAACUGGGACAUUGCCGCAUUGAGGAUCAUAUCAGAAGUGAACAGCUUCAACCUUUAAUUGACAAAUGUGGAAAAAGAUAUUUUGUGAUCCACAAAAAUGACAGCAACCAGAUUAUUGAGACAAUUGAAGAGCUUGUUGUCAGGAAGAAUUCAACGAGUUGUUUUAAACUUUCUGCUCAGACAGACGAUAAUAAUACAUUGCUGUCAGACUGGGAAUAUGUUGUUGAAAGGAUCAAAUCGAAAAUCAGUUCUCUGUCAGCCUCUAAGGAAAAGUUGCAAAAUGAAGACUCUAUGAAAAUGCUACUCGAUGCAAAAGAUGCAGAGAUAAGGAGACUGGAAAAAAUAGUUCAAGAAAAAAAAAGGGAGAUAGAGAGGUUACAAUCAAGAUACUCGAGAACUCAAGAAGAUCUUGACCAGUCUGCCCUAUACAGAAGAAAUACUGAACUGGAAGAUCAAGUUUAUAUGAUGAGCAAUGAACUAAAGGGAAAGAAUACAGAGAAUGAAACACUGAAAAAACAAGUAAAGAAAAAGGAUGCUGAGAUUGAGGAACUGAAAAAAGAGUUACAAGUGCGGCAACAAAAAGCUAUAGCUUGGAGAACACAUGAGGAUCAAUACGCAACUGUACAUGCAAGCAAUAGCAGUAAACUCUGUCAAAGUGUCUCAGCGAUGUCCAUAAGGAGAGGUUACAAUCAAGAUACUCGAGAACUCAAGAAGAUCUAUACAGAAGAAAUACUGAACUGGAAGAGCAAGUUUAUAUGA